AUGUGUUUCUCGUUUCGACUAGGCCUCAUGCAGGCAUUCCAGGAGGUGUGCACGUCGCUCUUGGUGCCAUUUUCUAGUCCGGCCAACAGCUGGGAUGAUUGGAUGCAGGCGGCGAGCCACGCUUCAGAGCUUGCUCAAGCAGCUCGCUGCGGACAUGCAUCGCUUGCACAAGUCCGGAACCGCCUGAACCAUUGGCAGAAACCAUUUGCAACCAACGCAUCUGGCUCAGCCAAAACUUGGGAGAAUGUGCUUUGCGAAUGCUGCCAUGCUUUUAUUGAGCAUUGUGCGGAGAUUGUUGAGACGGCUGGCGUACCACCAAGGUCGGCAUCGAAUGUUUUGGGAGCUGCUGUUCGACUUGCUGAGGUUGUCGGGAAGACGGGGCUGCUUCUGGCAGCUGUGGAUUCGGAUCUGUCGCUGAUGUCGGAAAGAGUUCAGAAGCUGGAAUUGUUCUACGAAGUUCUAGUGCCGCGGGUCGAAGCCAUAGCGGGCGAGGCCUCUGUUGCGGAUAGCCGGGCCAAGAAGGCAGAAGAGGAAGCUGCACAGACGAAAGCGGAGUCCGAGCGACUAACGAGAUCACUUCGUCACAAAUGCACGGCUGCAGAAAAAAGGGCUGCUGACCUCGCGAGACAAGUAGCGCAGCUUCGAGACAGACACAGUCUGAGACCUGGAACGAGCUCAGCUGGACCGAAGUCACUGAGCGCCGGGAGCAUCCUUCAAAAUUCCGCCAGCAGAAUGCGAAGUUCAGAGUCCGAGGACUCUCGCUCCAGCAUGCUGUUCCACGCCGCUGAUGGGGACGCAGAAGACUUGUCACUCGAAGAAGAACGGGAGCACGCUCGAGCUGUCUGGCAUGCAACAGGUCCAGGAGCUGGGGAAGAGGAGUCUACCGAGAUCGUUGCAUCGUCGCUCGAUCCUUUGGCCAACUUCGCAGAGGCAGCGCUCGGGCACUUGUUGUCACUUGUAAAGCAAGCACAUCAGUCGCACCCAGCGUUGCCACUGCCUUGGCAGCACGCUCCCUCGAGAGAUGCAGUUGAUGUUGGCGAAACUGCCGAUGCUGCGGCUGCCUGGGCAGAUUGUGUACUUGCAGGUCGCGAUCCCACGCUCGCAAACUCAGUGAAGCAAUCUGCAACCCAUCUUCGCUGCAUGUCAGACCUUCUCAAUUCUUCACGGUCUUCUCCGUGA